UGUUCAAAGUUUAAGCACUUGUCCAAAACAUUCACUAAUACUAAUAUGGGAGAGAUUAACGAAGAAGCUAUGAAAAUGGAAGAUGUGUUGUUGCCUGGGUUUAGAUUUCAUCCAACAGACGAAGAGCUCGUGAGUUUCUAUCUUAAGCGGAAGGUUGAAAAUCGCCCACUCUCCAUCAAGCUCAUUACACAGCUCGACAUCUACAAAUAUGACCCAUGGGAUCUUCCAAAAUUUGCGAUGAUGGGUGAGAAAGAGUGGUACUUCUACUGUCCAAGAGAUAGAAAGUAUAGGAACAGCACGAGACCGAACCGAGUGACUGGUGCUGGAUUCUGGAAAGCCACGGGAACGGACAGGCCGAUAUACUCAUCGGACGGAAGCAAAUUCAUUGGCCUGAGGAAGUCACUUGUGUAUUACAGUGGAAAAGCUGCUAAAGGCAUUAAGACAGAUUGGAUGAUGCAUGAGUUCCGUUUGCCUUCUACUUCUUCACACACCCUCGGUGAUACUCAUCAUGUCUCUUCAAACGAUUCAUGGGCAAUAUGCAGAAUAUUAAAGAAGAUAAACACAACGGCUUUUAGAGCUAUCUCUCACUCCUUUGUUUCCUCAUUACCGCAAGACGAAAGCACCCAUAUAAAACCCUAUGAAAAACCAUCAAACACAUCCCAAAUUUCUUCAGACAAGAUCCUCCAAAAUAGUUCUUGCUUCAAGUUUUACAAUGAAGACAUGAAUGUUACCCAACCGAGUUCAUGCUUCGAUCAUAAAGAGGCUACCAAGACUAGUACUUGUACAACUACUAGCCCCUUUUCUUACUUGGAUUUCAGUUCCUCCGACAGUCCUGGCUCUCGUCUAGACCAACAGCACCUGAGAAACCUCUUGCUUUUCCCACAAGAAACACAACCACCUCAGUUCCCAAAGUUCAUUACCAACUACAUGAUCUCGUCAACAGACUCAUCGUUUCUGGAAGAAUACACAAAUCAUAUAGGGGACCUCACUAGUUCGGUAUUGGCCCAAGAACAGUGUCCUGCAUUGGUGAGUCUGCCACAAGAGCACCAUCAUGAGACCCGUUUUGAGGAGAAUAUAUUGAGUAAUACGAAUCCGGAUCAUCAUGCUCUACAUCACUUGCCUUCAAGUAAUGUUGGAGAUCAGAAGCAUCACUCCAUGUUGCUAGAUAAUUACUAUUCCUCAUUGUCUACUUCUUUCUCCAUUACUUGAGAGACGUUAUUCAAUAUAUUUAUGAUAUAACAUGAUCAUAUCCCCAAGAUUUUUAUA